CAAUGCAUAGAUGUAUUACAAAUCUAUAAGAUGCAAACAAAAAUUUGUCAUGACAUCAAGCGUCAACAACAUAUUUUAAAAUCACUAUUAGAAUCCGCAACGGUGAAGGAUGAUAUACGGCAAUUAACGGAAAGCUCCCUGAACGUUGCACAUUCGCUUGACAUCUUUUCGGAAAACAUAAUAGGACGAUUACAUUUAACACCGUCUUCUACAACAGCUGUAUCACCUUUCAUGAAACAUGACGUUAAAUCACCACGAGAUGUUAUUUUCACAGGCGAGGUAUUGCGUCUAAUCGAAGAAUUAACAAUCACCUCUUGUGAUCUGAAAGCUACCAUUUCACAUCAAAUAGGCGUUUCAGUAGGUGAUGCAGAAAAGGUGUUGCAUGAAAAUGCGUUUUCCAUACGAAAUGAUUCUACUUUUUCGAAAGGAGUACAUGGCUCCAUCAGCAGCUCUAGUUCGUUGGAUAGAAUUGCUUUUGACCUCGGUGGAACGCUGAUUAAAAUAGCUUAUUUCCAGGAGGCAGAUUAUACUUCCAUUGCGCACAACCUGUAUUGGAUACACCAAUACAUGUACGAUGUUUUUAACCUGUUGGAAGUUCAUUAUAGAAUAGACAUAUUAUGCCAUUGUAACAUAGACCGAAAUUUAAAAAUACUGGUCCCCAAUCUCAUUCGUUUCAACGCCUCUACUGCGAUUGGAUUGCACCGCGUUCCGGUGGAUUCAUUACGUGAGGUAAUUCAAUCCUUGAUUGAUAAGCAAAUUAUCAAUCGGGGUACUCAGGUUCAUGCCACUGGAGGAGGAGCUCUUAAAUAUUUUAAUGUCUUCAAGGAAUUAUUAAGUGACUCUAAGUUUCAUGCUGUUGAAGAAAUGCCAUCUGUUGUAUAUGGUACUGAUAUUUUACAUUUCUUAAACUCUGGUUUUAUUCGAUACAAUUUAAAAACAGGGCAGACCGAGUUUUUAUCUGUGGAUCCAGAGUAUCCUUACUUAAUAGUAAAUAUCGGAAGCGGUAUAUCUUUCCUUAAGGUUACUGCAAAGGGAAUGUACGAACGGGUUACUGGAACGAGUAUCGGUGGAGGCACUAUGCACGGAUUAAUGGCGCUGCUCCUUGGUUUUCAUGGUUUUGAACGUUUCACAUCCUCAUAUGCGAAAGGUACCAACUGUCUAGAUACAUUCUUCCCGGAAAUGAAUACAACCGCUUUACCCACUUGCGGACUUAAGGCUAGUUUUGGUUUUUGGGAUGGUCAUGCUAGACAAGAAGAUUCCAUAAGAAGCAUUAGUGAUAUGGUUGCCCAUAGCAUUGGCCAAGUAGCUUUUUUGGUUGCAAAGCAAUAUGGUCUGAGGCGCAUCAUUUUCACUGGAUCAUACACGAUGAAUUAUUCGAUGACUAUGGUUGCACUAGUGUCGGCAUUUGCGUACAUGUUCUCCAUAUAUGGUGAAGAAUCCGUGGAAGUUCUGCGUCCUAUAUUUGGUGGUUAUGCUGGAGUCUUAGGAUGCCUCUUCAAGGAAUGAAAAGAUUCGCGAAGACCAACGUUCUGUAUCAUGCUAAGGGUUGAUCCUGUUUACAAUAUAUACUACUCACCAAUUCAACGUCAAAAUGACACACAUUCGCAUUCACAAACAUAGUGAACAACAUAUUAUUAUAUAUUAAACAAAA